UGGUUGUGGGGGCGUGGUUCCGAUCCGGGUUUCCCGUGUGCGAGAAGAGCCGCCAGUCAGGCCCCGCUUCGGCUUUGUUUGGAGAAGCGGACGAACAGGAGGCACAAUGGAUUUCGAUCUGUCAUCAGCUUUGGACAAGGAUGGAGAGGGGGUGAAGAAGGAGGAGGCUCAGAAGGAUGAGUUUAGUUUGCCCUGGAGCAAGAACAAGGACAAGGACAAGAACAAGGACAAGAACAAGGACAAGGAUAAGGAUAAGAGCGACAGUAAGGACAAGUGUGGAAGUAAGGACAAGUCCGACAAGAAGGAUAAGUGUGGCAGAAAGGAUAAGUCAAAGGACCACGGCGGCAAAGGCCACAAGAAGGACAAGAAGGACAAGAAGAAAAAGCACGAGGAGGGAAAAAAAUCAGGCACCUCAUCCUCAUCUUCCUCAUCUUCCUCCAGCAGUGAUGAGGACUGAUGCUUCUUCGGGGGGACGGGACUGCUCUGUUAGUCUCUUGUGAUCGUGUCUAUCGACAAAGUGAGUGUGCGGAUGUGCUUGAGUGUGCAGCAGUACCAGCUUUUCUUCUUGUCCCGUCACUGGUACCACAGAAACAUGCAGUAAUGGUGAUGUGUAAACAAAUCUGCUGAUUCCUAGAAGUAAAUCUUCUGACGACAAACAAAACAGAUGCAGUUUUUUUUUGUUGUUGUUCCAUGAAGUUCUCCUGUCAAGUAAAGUGUCUUU